CGCAUGCGCAGUGCGUGUGACUAAACAGCGGGCGAGAAGGAAGGUGACAUUUUGUUGACGUCCCGCUUUGUGUGUGUUUUGUUAAGAUGUCGGCUCUGGUGAGGACAGUGAAUGUUCUCAGAGCAGGAGCUCAGCUCAUCAGACGCGGACCUCAGCACAACUUUAUAAGGAAGGCAGGUGGAGCUCCUCACAUUGUGGCUCAGUACCGUCAGCCUCCUCAGCUCACGAAUCGCCAGAAGUUUCGUGCUGAGCUGCUUAGUGGAUUCAUGUGGUUCUGGAUCCUGUGGCACUGCUGGCAUGAUUCAGACGCUGUACUGGGUCAUUUUCCAUGGCCGGACACAGACGCCUGGACUGACGAGGAGCUGGGAAUUCCUCCUGAUGAUGAGUGACAACAUCAUCCAGCACACCAGUGAGUGCUGAGUGGAGUGUGUGUGUGUGUGUGAUCUGUGACUUCCUGCUGUACAGAGACUCGUUCAGUCUGAUUUUGUUUUCUGUUCACAUCUAUUUAAAAAAAUAAAAGUAAAUAAAUAAA